AUGGCGCGUGUAACGAUGAAAAAGCGAGCAGUAAUCGCCACCCCUCUUCUCCUCCUCCUCCUUCCCCUCUUCCACGCCACCCUCCUCUCUCGCCACCUCGUUUCCGCAUCCGCCGCCGUCGCCGCAGGCGCCGGUCGGUGGAGGGGCGCUUCGGCGCGACCAUGGCGCGGUGCGGCCGCCAGCGGCGCGUGCUCGCUCGUGUCGUGCCCAAGUGGUUGCUCCUGCUCGGAUUCCUCUGGUGUCGCCAAGUGCUCGUGCUCAGACCCCUGCUACGGAGUCAAGUGCCCCGACGUCUCCAAGUGCGCGGUGCAGAACGGUGCAGCGGUGUGCAAAUGCCCGGCGCCCUUCAAGCGGCUGAUCAACAACCAGUGCUCGUCUGCCGCCCUCCCCAACUCGGACUACCUGGACGAGCACAACGCUGCCCGCGCCGCUGUGGGCGCCGUGCCCCUCGUGUGGGACGAUGCCUUGGCGGCAAGGGCCAGGGCAUGGGCGCGCACUCUGACAACGAGUGAGCACAACUGUCGCCUGCAGCACGGCGGCAACAGCGGCGAGGGGCAGAACCUGUCGGGCGCCGGCCCCAGUGGGUGGGCGUCCAACGGCGAUGCGGUGCGGUGGUGGGUGGACGAGGCCAAGUGGUACCAACUGGGCGUCUUCCCCAACGGCUGUGCUGGCGGCGACUGGGCCAAGUGCGGCCAUUACACGCAGCCGCCUCGUGCUUUCUUUGCGUUAUGGGUGUGGCGUGGCGCAUGGGCAUGGGCAUGGGCAUGGGCACGGGUGCAGGUGGUGUGGAACAACACGCGCAGGCUGGGGUGUGCCAAGGCGUCGUGUGGCACGAGCAGGGACGUGUGGGCGUGCCACUACUCACCGCAGGGCAACUUCAUUGGCCAGCUGCCUUACGUGCAAGACCCGUGCUUCCGAGUGCUCUGUCCCUCCACCGCCACCUGCAGGGCAGUGGGCGGCAAGCCCACGUGCCAGUGCCCACAGGGCCAGGCAUUGGUCAACGGCAAGUGCCAAGCAGCGCCCUCCUGCAAGGGGGUGACAUGCCCGGCCUCAGCACGCUGCAGGGCGGACAGCAACGGCAUCCCCUUCUGUGCCUGCCCUGCCUCGCAAUCUCUCGUCAUCGGCGCCUGCAUUCAGUCCCCAUCCACCAGUGUCACCACCAGCAUCGCUCUCUUCAACCGCCCCUCCUUCACCAACUCGCCCUCCUCCCUCGCUCCCACCAUCCUCCGAGCGCCCCCGCCCGGUGCCGCCCGCCCCGCCGGCUGUGUGAACGUGCCGGCGCCCAUGGCGGGGGCGGUGGGGUCGCUGAAGAUCCUCUGGGAUGCGCCUGAUGGCGCCACGGGCAGCCGGGCCGUGUGUGGGCUCAUGUGGUUCUGGAAUGGGGCCGACUGCUAUGGCCGCGCCACAGGGUGGCCUCGCCCCGGCAACAAUGUUACCACUGCUGC